AUGGCCCUCAACAACAUCUUUAACACUCCACCACUCACAAUUACUCCCGCCAAAACACCAUUCAUCACCACUCUUAUCCUACGCACCCCCUGCAUUAGCCUACACCCUCCUCCAUAUCCAAUCCUUUCUUCCUCUUCUUCACCCAACCCCACCUUCACUAACCCUCCUAGAGCCUCCCCUCCCCAGAAAUACACUUAUCCUGACCCAAUCCCUGAAUUUGCUGAAGCUGAGACUCGCAAGUUUCGGGCUGAGCUUUUAAAGAAGCUGUCUAAGGAAAGGGAGACAUUCGGAAAUGAUCUUGAUACUGUCAUAGAUGUCUGUGCUGAGAUAUUUAGUAAUUUCCUGCACCAGGAGUAUGGAGGACCCGGAACAUUACUGGUGGAGCCUUUCACGGACAUGUUGAUUGCUCUAAAGGAGAGGAAAUUACCUGGAGCUCCCUUGGCUGCACGGACAGCCCUGUUAUGGGCUCAAAACUAUGUUGAUAAGGAUUGGGAGAUUUGGAAUUCAAUUUCAAACCCACAAAUAUGAUCGUACAUUCAUAUACAUUUCAUUAAUUUGUUCCUUUUGUUGUCUAGUUAUAUAUCAGAAAUCCUAGUCUGGCAUCAACAACUUACAAGAAAUUGGGGACAGCAAUUACAUUAGCAAGAUCUAAUUUCAUCACAACAUAUUACUUUGUAAUAUUCAUGCAUUGCUCUUAUUGAAGCUAUACAGAUGUCUUAUUACUC